UUAAUUUGAUGCUAUUUUCUAAUUAUCCCCCAGAAAAUAUGAAAGGACAAAGUUUUCACUACAACCUUCUAGCGUUGAUUGCACUGGUCCACGCUACGACUUCAAAGAUACCCGUUCAAAAGCAAGCGCCAGUUGCCGUUCAGUGUUUCACAAGAUGCCUUUGCGAGAAGAACCCUUCGUGGCAUAUUAGCAUAAGAUGCAGAGACAAGGACAUCCUCUCGAUGCCGCGUAACAUGUCUUUCUACACUACAGAUAUAGACUUUGCCAGAAACAGAAUAUCAUUUCUAGGACAAGAUGCUUUUUCUUUCACCCGUCACCUAGAAAAGAUCGAAUUGCAAGACAACGAGAUUACUGAGUUGCCAGACACUGUGUUCAAAUAUCUCUUAGUACUUCAGCAUUUGUCUCUGGCGCGAAAUAAGAUAAAAUACUUACCUGAGAGAUUAUUUAUUGGCUUAUAUCAUCUAAAAUUCUUAGACCUCAGUAGAAACCAACUCAGCGUUUUGCCGAAUAUGUCAUUUACACACCUGAAAAACCUACAAACUCUAGGCCUCCAAGGAAAUAAAAUCAAGGAGCUUCCUCAGAUCGUAUUUCGUGGACUCUAUAACCUUCAGAUACUAUUUCUAAAUGAUAAUCUUCUAACAGAGAUUCCACCGAAGGUUUUUGACGAACUCACAAACCUUGAGACACUUUUUCUUUCCAGAAACAAACUGACGUCUGUAAGAAACGAAAACUUUAUUGCUAUGCAAAAGCUCUACUUAUUGUUACUGAAUGGGAACAAGAUUAAUUUUAUUCACAGCAGAGCCUUUGCCAACCAAUCGUCUCUUUAUUAUCUGUUUUUGAAUGACAACGAAAUGGAAAACAUUYUGGAUACAUUCUUCUUGGAUGCAGAUAGUAUUCGAAUCAUGACCCUGUCUAAUAACCCAGUUAARAACUUAACUCUUCAAGCAUUUGAGACUACCAAACUUGAUAAACUGUUCAUGUUGAAUAUUCAUAUGGAACAUUUUAGAGUCUCUGGGAUAGUAACUUCAGCCAGAGAAACGAAAYUAUUCGUGUCCUAUCACUGCACCCCACCAGAAAUCGUUCUCAGGAAUACCUCCCAGCACUACAAGUUUCUGAUCGACGCGUUUGCCUUUGGCGGCUUUCAUUGUGACCACUCUCUUCGUGUGUGUAAGCCAUGUAACUAUGGUACAUAUAUGGUCUCAUCACGUGAUGGCCAUAAGUGUCUCCYMUGYCCACCAGUUUCUCUCAUGUUAUUUGACCACACUCCACAAUAA